AUACCAGGCAUAGCCAGCAUGUCAGCGCAGUUAACUUGCAGCGGGCUGUGAGGAAAGCGAGUGCGGCUUUGUCCUAGGAAAUGUGCUUCGUGUUUUGCUUUUUUCACUCCUUUUUUAUUUCGAAGAAAGAUUUGUAAAGACUUCUGAAACGUUUUUAAGUGCUCGAUUGAGGAUACAAAACAUACACCGUCUACAAUUAAGCCCUUGAAGGGUUUUUGUGUUUGAUUUUUCGUGCGUGUUUUUUUUUCUCUUUUUCUUUCUUUCUUCUUCUUCUUCUUCUUCUUUUUUUUUUUUUUUUUUUUUUUAACUUUUACAUACUUUGUUUUGAUCAUCUGAGGCUGGGCCUCACAGUCUUUGUGAAGUUUGAGAAGAGCCAGGAGCUACUCAGUAAUAAUUGAUUUUUUGAAACAUACUCUUUGGGGCAAAAGCAAAGAGCUGGUUUUCUGUGCGAGCCCGAUAAAUGCUAUUUAUGAAGAUGGACCUGUUGAACUACCAGUACUUGGACAAGAUGAACAACAAUAUCGGCAUUCUCUGCUACGAAGGUGAAGCUGCUCUCAGGGGAGAACCCAGGAUGCAGACCCUCCCUGUGGCAUCUGCCCUCACCAGUCACCGCACAGGCCCUCCGCCCAUCAGUCCCAGCAAGCGGAAGUUCAGCGUGGAGCAAGGGGACGACGACCUGGACUGUGAAAACGACCAUGCUUCUAAGAUGAGUCGCAUCUUCAACCCCCAUCUGAACAAGACUGCCAAUGGAGACUGCCGAAAAGACCCCCGGGAACGGAGCCGUAGCCCCAUCGAGCGUGCCGUGGCCCCCACCAUGAGCCUGCACGGCAACCACCUGUACACGUCCCUCCCCAGCCUCAGCAUGGAGCAGCCCCUUGCUCUGACCAAGAACAGCAUGGACACCAGCAGGCCGGCUGGCAUCUCGCCCACGCUGACCCCAGUGGAGCGGCAGCAGAACCGGCCUUCGGUGAUCACGUGUGCCUCGGCCAGCACCCGCAACUGCAACCUCUCCCACUGCCCCAUUGCGCACAGCGGCUGUGUGGCGGCCGGACCAGCCAGCUACCGGAGGGCCCCGAGCUCCACCACCACCUGUGACCCCGUGGUGGAGGAGCACUUCCGCAGGAGCCUGGGCAAGAACUACAAGGAGCCUGAGCCAGCGCCCAACUCAGUGUCCAUCACAGGCUCCGUGGACGACCACUUUGCCAAGGCCCUGGGCGAUACGUGGCUUCAGAUCAAGGCAGCCAAGGAUGGCGCGUCCAGCAGCCCUGAGUCAGCCUCGCGCAGGGGCCAGCCAGCCAGCCCCUCCGCGCACAUGGUCAGCCACAGUCACUCCCCCUCCGUGGUCUCAUGAAGGGAGUGCCACCCUCAAACAAGAUGUCAAUCUGCAUGGUUUGCCUGAGCUUUGAACAGUCAGUGCUUAAAAAAAACAAAAACAACAAAAAAAAAAUUGUCUGGGUGGGGUAGGGGGAAGGGUAGGGAAGGGAUGGUUUAUUCGCAAAAACCAUGUCGUUGGAUUUUUGUUCUGUUUUUGUACUUGCUUGGUUUAAUACCAGGGGCCCUCAAACUCGAUACCGGGAGCUGCCCGUGGACCAUCUAACCUAGCGUCCUGCCUUCCUGCCUCAGUUACCAAAGAAACCUCUGAUGCAGGUCUGCUGCCCCGUCCGGGGCCAGGACUCCACGGCGCACGCUUUCUCAGUCACAAGCCAUGACGUUGGUGACCCAGAUGCUUCGUGCUUUUCAAUUUGCUUCUCGAGACCGGGGUGUGUGUGUGGCUUCGCUUCCAUUGCGUGUUUGGUCCGGGCCGCAUGUGAGUGCGUCUGCGUGCGUGCGUCUACUUGAAGAGAACAGAGAACUGUCGCGUCUGAUUUGCACUAUUGGAGGAGGGCUUCAGUUGCCUGCCUGACAGCUUUCUGUGAGAUGCUAGUACUCUGAGGGCAAACUGCUGAAAAACAAAGGGUUUAAGGAUGA